GGAACAUGGAAUCGGUUUCGGUUUAGUUGUUCGAUCUUUGGCGUAUUUGAAUCUGUCUUUUGAAUCUUUCGUCGGCGUUUGUGUUUUCAUAUCUCAAAGCAGAUGAAUGUGUCGCGAGCUGUUGGAGAGCAGGAAGCAGGCUGGAUCUCCGGCGGGGAUCUCCCUCAGCUGUUGUCGGGAAACCUGCCAGGCUCAGCCUUCUGUCUUCCUGUAUUUGACCACAUUCACAUCGGACAGCGGAUCAUUAGUGACUGAUUGGACUGAUAAAACAUGGUCCUUUUUUACAUUAGAGAUUAGAUUUAUGACUCAACCUGAUAACAACAACAAAUAUCUGACUUUCAUAUGCUAUGUCUGUAUCUUAUCUGGAAAGCACCCCCAUUUUGAUCAGGUCCCUUAAAGAGAUAGGCCUAGCCCAGAUAAUAAUUUUUGGUUCCUAGAACGUUCUGAAAACGUUAAGGUUUUUGGUUUAAAAAAUAAAACCUAAAGAGAACAUUCCUUCCAUUCGUUUGGAAUGGAAAUAACCAAUAAUAAUGAUAAUAAAACGGAAAUAAAUGCAAAUGUUAGGACAAUGUUUUGUGUUUGCUGGGAGUUUGAUACCAUUAGCAUCUAUCUAUCACAUUGUACAAAUAAAAAAUCUUGGAAAAAAAAAAUACAGUAUCAGAUUAUGUGCAAAUAAAAACCUUUGUUAUACCCCUCUCUUUCCACCUACACCCCAUAGCCUUAGUUCCUCCUCACACCAGGGGUUUGGAGUUACCUGGGCCAGUUUGGGACUUUCCUUCAUUGUGGGGUUGAGUGGGUAUGGAACAGCAAACGGAAAAAAAUUAUAGGUGUUUAAAGUCCCUAAAACACCAAGAAGAGUGGUGGGUCUGAACUUGUCAGCUGAUGACAUACAAUACCGUCAAAAUGCUGAAUCACAGCUAGUGUAGUUCCCAUGGGCCAACGGAAAAUCAACAAUAAGAUUCUAGGAUCUGCAAAUGAACUUUUUUAAUUGAAUUGAACACGCAAUUCAAUUUAGCUUUAGGUUUGCUGCUGCAUAAUCAAAAUACAUUUUACAAUAUAGCUGAAAUAUAAUACUUGUUAAAUCCUGGAGGGACAUGAGGGAGAGAAUAAGACAAUAGGCCUAAACGCACAAUGUUCAUGUGCUUGAUACAUUAAUCUAAUCUAUAGACAGUCAUAUGGUCAGUUUUUCUAUUUUAAUUUUUAAGUAUUUUUUUCCCCAAGCAUGUUCCAUUUACAUGUAGCCUACCACUCAUACUUUGCCUUCAGAGGGGAAAAAAGGCUGCAAACAAACCAAUAGGCCUAGUCAAAUUGUAAAAUUUUAACCAUAUAAUUUAUCCUGCUAUACAAAAUGGACAUGGCGGACAUGUGUUAUGUAGCAACAGAGAGAGCAAAAUCGUUCAUUAAGAACUCUAAUAGCAUUUUGCACAUUUUUCAAAAGCUGUCUGGCUCUUCUAUCACUGUCAUAAGAGUCACUGACUGAUGCUGAAAUGCAGUGAAGCAGCGCCCUCUGGCGAUGAGAGAAAAUGUACAUUUGUGAACAGUUUUAAAUAACUACAAAAAAACUCUCUCUUGUACUACACAAAUACAUAUUAUAUGAUUACAUAUGGAAGAAUUUGCUUCGGAGCAAUGGAGCAGUUAUUUAAUAUGAAUCACAAAAAAAAAAAAAAAUCCAGAUUAAAAAAUUAUCUGAUACCCCCUCCCCCAAAUACAAUAGACCUACUUUAAAUAGUACAUAUGGGUCAUUCUUCAAUUGCGGUGGCAAGUGGUGUCCCUCUACUUUACAACAGUUGAAAUAAACUUUAAAUACCAAUAAAUUAUAAAAUAUUUGCAUGUUUGUUUUCUGUAGGGUAAACACAAUUUGUGCACUAUUAAUAGUUACAUUUUUGUUAUAAAAUACAUACUUAAUUGAGUUUGAGAGAUUGCAUUUGUAAGAAAAUAUGCAUGUUCCCGCCAUACCUUAGAUAGGUAUCAUGAAAUGUAAUUGCAACAAUAUAACAUUUUUAACACAAAUAAAGUGGUUAUAAUGUGGCUAUAGAUUUUAUUUAACAUGUGCAAUUUUAUUAAAUUGUUUUAAAAAAUACAUAUUUUGUUAUAUUUAAGAAAAAAGUUGUGUCCCCCAAAUUCAUGUCUGUGGUGUUACCACAAUGGAUUUAGCCCCUUUAAGAAAAAGAGGAAAUCUAUUUGGACUACUUCCUGUGUGUAAAUGUCACUGCAGGUGCUGGUUGAUCUGAGAGGUGCAUGGGGAGUACAUUCUUUCUUAUUCAUUUUCUUAAGUUUAGCUAAAUUUCUGACAAUUUCAUGUGCCGCACUUUAUUAGUGUCUGUGGUGUUAUGUUGAUAACUUGCAGAUUCUACAUAUUUUAAUCAAGUUCUCAUGAUGGCAGCCUCCAUUUUAGAAAAGUCUGGAUUUAGGCUGAUUUGUCUGUGGUGUUACUGUCUUUUCUGGUAACACCACAGAGCCUACAGUAACUUGAAAUAUAAAGUCUGUGGUGUUACUUCAAAAUGACAUAGACAUAAGUGGCUGGGUCACCAGUGUUUGAUUGAAAUUAUUUAAAAAUCAAAAUGUUCUUAAGCUUUCAUUUGAAUGGAUAUAGCAUAUUAAACAAAUUUUAAAUGCAUAGCAGUAUAUUUUAUUAGAAAAAAACAAACAAGCAUUUUUACAAAUUCUGCCUCUCAUUUGCCACCCCAAUUGAAGAAUGACCCAUAUAUAAGUAAAUAAACGUCAUUGCAUUGUCAGAGAAGAAUAUGCCAAUAAUUUUUUGUCCACUAGAGGGCCACAAAGAAUCAAUUGUGAAGUAAAACGUCGUCAGCUACUAGCUGUCAGUAGCAGUUUAAUAUAGUCCCUAAAUCGUUUCCCCUCCUUUGGUUUCAUCAGUUAUCUUUUUUAUUUUUUUUUUGUCUAAAUCUUGUUUAGUGUUUGAUUAGUGUUAGGAUUGUUAUUUAUUUGUUUAGGUUUUUAUAUUUUUAUUUUAAAUAUAUUAGGCUAAUUUAUAAUAUAUUAAAUAUAGAAUUUGAAUUAAAAAAUUAUUUAACAUUAUAGCAUGAAAAACAUCAAUAUAGUAGGCCUAUACAUUUUAGUAUUAAUUAUGUAAUAAUCUAAUGUUUAGUAGUCUAAUGCAUUUUAAGGCCAGCCCUAAACUCUCCCUCCCUCUAUAGUCAUUUAUUAUGUAUUCAGGAAGUCGUUCACACAUGGUCGGUCCAAUACACCACAAUUCAAACAGCGUCCCAACUGCACACAGCCCAUGCUACUCGGCUCACUCUCUCUCUCUCUCUCACACACACACACACACAAAGAAAACAAACCUGUUUGUCUGCCUGUUAGCUACCCGGAAACUGAUCAGAGAGAGAGAGAGGGAGAAAGAGAGGUGAAUGUGUGCAGUUGAGUUCCUGUCCAUAACCAGCAUGAGCGUGAGUGCCUCUUCAAAAUUUAGGACACAGAGAUACACUCAGACAGACUGAGAGAACCCAUAUGGAUGAGAGAGAUAAUGACUGAGCAAAAGCACUAGAUGUCUGUAUGGGUGGAGUGAUGGUGGGACCUGGAGGCCGGUAGAUCUGAGAGUAAAGCUUUAGUAUUUCAACUAUUUUUGGUGUCAUGGUUUUGGGUUUCUCUUUCCUUGUUUGCAACAUCUUUGUAAUGGAGACAUGGCAAAAGGACACAUGACUAGAACUUUGCACCUUUUUUCUUUUUUCGCUGAAACCAACCUGCAUAGUUUUUUGUCAGGUGUUGCGCAUGUGUUGUUUGGGUAAGUCAGCUUUUCUCGUUCUGCUCGUGAAGAAUGUAUCCUGUGAAACGAAUGUGGCAAUGAUGUCAAACGUCUCUCAUCACUUCUUCUCACUUCAUCUGACCUGUGGACCUUGACAUGGACAACACAAGGUUUUUAAACUGGAUUACUGAAGAAAGUUUUGCAGUGGUAAGAUGACUGUUCAUUUUGAAAUCAUCAUACUUCCAACUGCUUUUGAGCUGUUUUUAUCAUUAUAUCAUCAUCGGUGAUAACAGGACAAAGAGUUACUGGGGAAGUGGUUUUCAGAUAAAUCACGCUACCUAAAAAUAAUGACUUUUCUGAGAAUAAUGGGAAUGUGAUUUAACCACUUGUUAUUGUAUCUGGUUGUUUGAUAAGUUAUAGUUUUGGAGGUUUUCAUCUUUUCAUGCUAGCUCUGCAAAAAAUGACGUUUUCCAUAAACUCAACCUAUCAUCAGGAGUUACAUGCAUAAAAGGGGAUAUCUGCAUCAACUACACUUUAACUGUGUGAAGGAAAUGAUUGUUUUCAACACUAUUUUCAAUGACUGUUGAUUCAGACACGUCAGAAUCUUAACUAGCACUCCACGUGUGACACAUUGGAUAUAUCUCAUCUAUCAUGGCAACGGCUAGACGUUCUAGUCAAGAUCCUGACACUUCUCAAUCCGUGUCCCAGUCCCCAACCAGCACGGACCGUAAACAUCUUGAUAAAGUUCUCAGGAGACUGGGCAAACUACAUAAACUGAGCACCGAUCCCAGGUUGGGUCUUAAAAACAGCCCGCCGUACCUUCCCGAACUAGUGUCGGAGACCACCAUCCAUCUGACAGAAGUAUGGGCCCCCUACAGGGGCUCCAUGAUGGCCGUGCCACGAGGGGACGAGGGUGAUUAUCUGAGGAUCCAUAUUCGACAACUGCUGGACAAGGCAGAUAGAGCUGUGCUGCUGUUCAAGGAUGGCAAGGAGAAGAUGUUUGAAGAGACAUCAAGCUAUAGGAGAAAUCUUACUAAGCUGUCACUGCUGUUCAGCCACAUGUUGAAUGAGCUACAAACUUUGUUUCCUGGGGGACGAUUUCAGGGUGAUACUUAUAGAAUUACAAAGACAGAGGCCAAAGAUUUCUGGAGGAAAGCCUUUGGACACAAAUGUAUAGUGCAGUGGAACAUUUUUAAACAGCAGCUGAGGAGGGUUCAUUACUUUGAAGAGGGAAUGGAAGCCAUGGCUUUGAAGUCCACAGUUGAUCUCACUUGUAACGAUCACAUAUCCGUCUUUGAGUUUGAUAUUUUCACCAGGCUUUUUCAGCCCUGGUCAACUUUGUUAAGAAACUGGAAUCAUUUAGCAGUAACUCACCCAGGAUACAUGGCGUUUCUCACCUACGACCAGGUCAGGGUCCGACUAGAGCACUACAGACAUCGUCCUGGCAGCUACAUCUUUCGUCUCAGUUGCACACAAAUGGGCCAGUGGGCGAUUGGUCAUGUGACCAAUGAUGGCAACAUUGUGCAAACCAUUCCCCAAAAUACACCUCUUUACCAAGCACUCAUACAAGGUUUCAGAGAGGGCUGCUAUUUAUAUCCAGAUGGGCGUGAUGUGAACCCUGACCUCACCACACUGUGCAGUCCGACUCACAAGGGUCGAGUCAAAGUCACAGAGGAGCAGUAUGAAUUAUACUGUGAGAUUGGCAGCACAUUUCAGCUCUGCAAAAUCUGCACAGAACGAGACAAGGACACUCGCAUUCAGCCCUGCGGGCAUCUGCUGUGUCAGCCCUGCUUGACUGGCUGGCAGAAGUCAGACGGGCACACGUGCCCCUACUGCCGCUGUGACAUCAGAGGCACAGAGUCCAUCUUCAUAGAGCCCUACCUGCCAGCGAGAGACAGGAGGGCAGGGGGGAAGGAGGAAGAAGAGGAAGAUGAAGAUGAGGAGGAGGAUCAUGAGGAUGUGGAACUGGUGAUGAAAAAACUGGCUUGUAUGAAAAAGAUAUCACAGGAGGAGUAUCAAGUUCCCCAUUCCAGUCUGUCACCUCCGCCCCUUCCUCCCAAAAGACAUUCACUCUCCCCGUGUCCAUCUCCCAAGCCGCCCUCCAGAUCCUUGAGCAUAGGCACACAGAAAGUCAAACACGGUUCCUGGUCAGAAAACAUGCUAAGGCGAACUUCCUUAGAUAGAAGUGAGGAACUUUUGGAAGACUUCCAUCCCUCCUCUUUGCCAUAUGUCAGAAACAGUGGGGUGUCCUGGGAAGGGCCUUCAGAAAGUGUACAAAGGAAGAGGAAAGACAAAAGAAGGGACAAGGAAGAAGAAGAGCACGACAGAGGUGUGGCGGAUUCAGAAUCUCCCUCAGGAAGUCACAUUCAUGGGGAGAUAGAUGGAAACACUUCAUCCUGACAGGGAAAAUCACCUCAGACUUCAGGUGACAAAGCAAUCUUGUGAUGUCUGCAACACUGGACAACCAAAAUUAUUCAAAGGACUCAAUAGUCACCAGAUUCAGAACAUACAUGCAUGUAGGAAUAUUAGCUCCAUUGACCUUUGCACUGACAGCAGAAAACAAGCAUCUUACUGCUCACACCUUUUUAAUAAAUUUUCAAUUCUACCUCAUGCCUACUAAAUUUUUAGAGCAAGCAGCAAGCACUGUGUUUUGACAGACCACAAUGAAUAAAAAAUGUUUAAAUAAAACAAACAGCUGAUUUUUCCAUUUAUAUAUCAAAAUAUAUGUUGUUUAACUUUUUCUAAAUAAGAUGAAAGUGUGAACGUGUGGAAAUAUUUUCAGGUCACACCAAAACCCCAAACAAAAUU